AUGAAAGCAGAAGAGGACAAAGAAGUUGCUGAAAUUAACAUGAAGAUUCUCGAGGAGGAACUUCAAGAUCAUAGUGUGGCUAGUGAAAGUGAACAAAGUGACUGGACUACAUCGCACACAAACCGGUAUGUUGUAAAUCAGAGUGUACAUGUUGAGAACAAUGAGAAGGAGGCUGACAGAGUAAGACUGUUAACACCUAAACCAGAUUUACCCCCUAUGCAAACUCCAUUUGUAACAAUGAGACCAACAUUAUCUAACAUGGUCACCCCAACACCUGUUACCCCACCAGACAGUAGACUGAAUCCCCGUGCUGAACUCUUUGUUCCAGAGGGGCGGGAGGGCUGUGUGUCACGAUUGAGUAUGAGUGAUCAGAACAAGACAGUUGAACACAAUCGAGCAUUUAUGGAUAUGACAACCUUUUUGACUAAGAAAAGUUUCAUCUUAGAACGAGUGAAACCAUUUGCUGGUGACCCUGAGAUCUACUUAGCAUGGAAAUCUACUUUCAAGGAAGUGAUGAGUGAAAUUGAUGCAUCUCCAUCUAUUGAACUUGACCUCAUGAUACACAACCUCAAAGGACAGCCAUAUGAACAAGUGAAGAGUAUUAAGAACUCCAAUACUAGUGAUUCAAUUCGUGCAAUUCAAAAAGCAUGGGGAAGACUAGAUUCAUAUUAUGGCAGUCCAGAUCGUAUUGCAAAGGCUUUAAAGAGGAAGGUAUGGGACAUUAUUGAGAAAUUUGGCUUUAGCAACAAGCUGGAAUAUUUUUGUCUUUUAGACACCCUGAAUGAAAUCAAUGCUGUUAAAGACAAUCCAAAGUACAGCAAGACUUUGAGCUACUUUGACACAUCUGAUGGAGUAAACCCUGUGUUACAUAUGACAUACAUAAUCAAUGACCCGGGAUUUGAUUUUGAUGAUCCACCACAAGAAAAAAAAUCGCAGCGACUUGAUUCAGCAAGUUAUUCGGGAUCACGGACAAAAUCAAACAAACAGUUUCACAAACAGGCUGUUAAUUCCAAUAAAACAGCUGUGUCGGAAGAUGACGAAAGAGUGCGCUGUGCACUCUACAACUCAUCCCACUCUACUAGUGACUGUAAUGCCUUCCGCACAAAGAGUAUUGGUGAGAAAAGGGACAUUUUAAGGAAGCAUGGUCAGUGUUUUAAGUGCUGUGAUGGAAAACAUUUGUCAAAGGACUGUCGUGUGUAUGUGAAAUGUAACACUUGUGGUAGCAGACAUCACUACACUGCUAUGCAUGAUAACACAUCAAAUCAACCCUCUCAGAAUCAUGGCGGGGAGAAACUGACAAGUGAAACACCGACACUACAACGACAGAUAGCACGGACUGAAACUGCGGCACACGUUAAUGCAGCUUGUACAGAAAUCUGCGGAAAUUUUAGAGGCAAAUCGUGUGCUAAGAUUGUCCUAGUCAGCAUUCACCCCCGACUUAGUGAACACCCACCAGUUAAGGUGUACGCCAUACUUGAUGAACAGAGCAACAAGUCACUAGCUAAACCUGAACUUUUUGAAAUAUCAUACAAACUAUCUACAUGUAGUGGAUCCUCAGUAGUGAGUGACAGACGUUCUCAUGGCUUCGUUAUCAACUCAUUGAACAAUCAGACUACAUUCAAUUUACCAACUUUGAUUGAGUGUGACGCUAUUCCUAACAAUCGUCAUGAAAUUCCAACCUGUGAUGUGGCCAUUCAUUAUCCUCAUCUUACUAAUAUAGCAGAUUUUAUUCCACCUAUUGACAAUGCGGCAAACAUAUCAUUACUCAUUGGCAGGGAUCUCUUGAGUGCACAGCAUGUCCUUGAGCAGAUAAGAGGCGACCCAUCUCAGCCGUAUGCUCAACGUCUAUCAUUAGGUUGGGUAAUUAUUGGAGAGACGUGUUUGGAUGGAAUACACACACCUAAAUCUGCUGAUGUUAUGAAAACUAUGUUGUGUUCGACUUCUGAACAACCAUCCAUUGGCAUUUUGAUGCCAUACGACCAUAACAUGCAUGUUUCAGAAUGUGUUGAAAAACAAUCAGUAUUUAAGAGAACCAGUACAGACAAUCAACCGUCAUUAUCUUGUGAAGAUAGAGAAUUCUUGGCUCAUAUGGACAGUGAUAUGAAAAAAGACUCUUCAGGACAUUGGAUUGCUCCCUUACCCUUAAAAAGGACACGACUUAUUUUACCAAACAAUCGACAGCAAGCAUUGGAUAGAGCCAUUAGCCUGGACAGAAGUUUGAUUAAGAACUCAACCAAGAAAACUCACUUUCUUGAAUUUAUGAGGAACUUGUUUGAAGCGGGUCACAUUGAGUUAGCACCGCAGCUUCCACCAAACACCGAGUGUUGGUACUUACCUCUGUUUGGUGUUUAUCACCCCCAGAAGAAAGACAAAAUCCGUGGAGAUUUUGACUCCUCUGCAAAGUGUGGUGGACUAUCACUUAACGAUGUCCUAAUGAGCGGACCAGAUCUAAUGAAUAACUUAGUGGGUGUAUUACUGAGAUUCAGAAGAGAAUGUGUAGCAAUAGUUGCAGACAUAGAACAGAUGUUUUAUAGUUUCCUGGUGGACAUUCAACAUAGACGUUACUUGAGAUUCAUUUGGCAUAACGACAAUUGUUUUGAACAACCUCUGGUGGACUACCAAAUGAGAGUACACGUCUUCGGUAAUAGUCCCUCCCCUGCGGUGGCGACUUAUGGACUACGUCGUACGGCUGAUGUCGCAGAGGCACAGUAUGGUUCAGAUAUGAAAAACCUCGUGCAUCGUAAUUUCUAUGUAGAUGAUGCUCUUUCUUCUCAUUCAUCGGCAAAAGAGGCAAUAGAUCUACUUCAACGUACUAAGAAGGCUUUGAUAGACCAUGGCUGUUUGCGGGUACACAAGAUAGCAUCCAACUCUAGUGAAGUUUUAUCUGCCUUCGAUUCUCAGGACCUGGCUAAAGAUUUGAAAGACACAGAACUGUGGGCGGAUGAUCUACCAACACAGAGGAGUUUAGGAAUCUGUUGGAACCUUUAA